AUUCAAAUCACAGGAGAGCAAAUCAGGAAAUUCGGAAAAAGAGCGAAUAACAUCUAAAAGUUGCAGAGAAGAUUUCAGCCUUACCAAAGAGUAGCCUGUAGGCCCUGUACUGCAUCCAAGUUUGGAGAAUACGUAAAUUACUGCAGGUAAAAUAUAUUAGUAGCAGACAAUGGGACUUCCUAGGUUGAUUGCCAAACUAAGUAAUUUGAAGUCUGUUUCAAGCUCAAAGUUUGAUGAAGAUACCACAAAAUGGCAUUCAUAUGAUGCAUGGAUUGAGAAACAUCCUUCUGCUUUGGAAACAUUCCAGAAGAUGAUGUGUGGAGCAGAGAGCAAAAAAAUAGUUUUGUUUUUGGAUUAUGAUGGAACUCUUUCACCAAUUGUUAAUGACCCAGAUGUUGCCUUUAUGACUGACAAGAUGCGAGCUGUACUUCGUGAUGUUGGUAGUUGUUUUCCAACUUCGAUAAUCAGUGGAAGAAGCAGAGAAAAGGUAUACGAAUUUGUACAAUUGGACAAUAUUUACUAUGCUGGAAGUCAUGGGAUGGACAUAAUGGCCCCGGUGCAGCCAUCAAGGAUCAGAGAAUGGAAGCAUCAUGCCACAGCAGUUGACAAAAAGGGAAACAAGCUUGUCAUCUAUCAACCAGCCAACAAGUACUUGCCUGAAAUCAUUCAGAUACAGAAGUCUCUAAAAGAAAAAACUGCAGCCGUUGAAGGUGUCAAAAUUGAAGACAACAAGUUCUGUAUGUCAGUUCACUUCAGAAAUGUAUCUGAUGAGGAGUUGGACACAUUAGAAGAGAAAGUCAAAACUGUGCUGGAAGAACAUCCACACUUUCAGCUAACAAGAGGUAAAAAGGUAUUGGAAAUACGCCCACCUAUUAAAUGGAACAAGGGCCAUGCUCUCGAAUAUUUACUAGAGAGCCUCGGGUUGGCUAGCUGCAACGAGGUUCUCCCAAUAUACAUUGGUGAUGACACAAGUGAUGAAGAUGCAUUUGAGCUCAUAAAUCAAAAAAGACAAGGCUAUUCCAUCAUUGUAACUUCAAUCCCGAGAGAAACAUGGGCAUCACACUCCUUAUAUGACACAACAGAAGUCAUGCUAUUCUUAGAAUACCUAACAAAGUGGAAAAAGAUCGGUUUGGCACCUUAGCACCACAACUCUCGAAAGAAGAAAACAAUGCACAACAAAACCACGCUAUCACACCACCCAGACAGUCACACCAAGACGUGCACUACAAUGGCUUAUGGCCAGAUAUUCUACUUACAGGACAAACAUAAAAGAAGUGUAUACGACCACAAUACGCGAUUAUCAUUACCAAAAUACCUACAAAUUCGGAAACUGAAACUUAUAUUCUCAAACAUUGAAGUGAAUAUCAUUAUUUGGCUAUAAAGUUUGCCUCCAAUGUUAAUAAUAUACAGGAAAUGCUGCUUUUAAUAUCACUAGCAUAAUUAUUCCUGCAAUAUUUUUAUAUGAUGAUAAUCUUGAUGGAA